UCAAACGUCAGAUACGCAAAUUAUUCUAAAGGAAGAGGUUGUGUGCCAUUCAUUUCGGGCUCUUGAGUGGGAGGCCGGUUGUUUUCUCGUCGUGGAGAAGGGAUGACCAACUCGUUAAUGGUUUCAGUGGGAUUUCCAUAGCUUUUCUUUUUCUUCUUCCUCCUCCAUUCCGCUUCAGUAGAACUUCGACCAAAGGGGAUUUAUAACUUCGGGAUUUACUUGAAAACCGCGGAUAUCUCUUUCCGGGAUAAAUCAAACAAUGAUGCCUCUUUCUUUUCUCUGCGUGUUCUGCAUGUGGAUAAGUUUAGUCUGUCCAUCGCUGGGAACGGGCUUUGUUUAUCACUUCCCGGGCAUCACUUUGCAGCGGCAGCGCAUCAAAUCGGAACAGAGUGGCGUCACGGGACCGCCGGGUACUGGAUCCCGAACCCAACUCAGGAACUGGUGUCAGUACACUGUUUUCAAAACAGUGUCUUGUCAGGUGCACAAUGGGACUGAAACCACAGUGCAGAGAGUGUUUCAGAACUGCCGGUGGCCCGGACCCUGCUCCAAAGUCAUCAGCUACAGGACUGUGAUCAGACCGUCAUUCAGGACUACCUACAAGCAAGUCACUGCACUGGAGUGGAGAUGCUGUCCAGGAUUUGUGGGAGAAGAGUGUCGUGAAGAGUGCAUGAACUGCACCAGCUUCAAUCAAAUGAACAGCAGAAUAAAUGCGAUAGAAAAAAAGAUCACACUCUUAGAAGAGGGAUGCUCAGCUCUGCCCACAGCCAGUAGUUUACCGGGGGGCUCAACGGACAAUGAGGUGGACACAUCCCGCCCCACUCAACCACCAGGAGCAUCAGGAAACAGAGGGCCUCCAGGGCCAAUGGGACCUCCAGGGCCUCCAGGUUCUACAGGACUUCCAGGUCUACCAGGGUCUCCAGGCAGUUCUGGACCUGUUGGUAAAAAAGCAAAAACAUUUAGCAGACCAAAGGGAGAAAGAGGUUUUCCUGGAGAGAUCGGUCGACCCGGCCCCCCUGGCCCACCAGGUCCUCCGGGUCCUUCAGAACCGAGUCCGUUUCCUGUCAGAAACCGGGGCGACGUUUUUCACGUGGACCAUCAAGAAGAGAACCCCAUCCAUGCCGUUCUCCAGGAACCUCAGGUCAUAGCUGGUCCUCCCGGUCCAGUCGGCCCCUCAGGUGCACCAGGAGAGAGAGGACGUGCAGGGAUACCAGGUGUGCCGGGACAAAAUGGCAAGGAGGGCCUCCCAGGCAAGCCCGGCAGUCCCGGCCCUAAAGGAGAUCCAGGGGAGCGGGGACCCCCGGGUGCCACAGGCGAGCAGGGCCUACCUGGAGCACCCGGGCCAAAAGGAGAGCCAGGAGAAGGCUUGAACGAGGGCGAAGCCGUGCAGCAGCUCAGGGAGGCCCUGAAGAUCCUGGCUGAGAGGGUCCUGAUCCUGGAGCACAUGAUUGGCAUUCAUGAAACCUCUGAGGGAUCUGGAUUUGGCAGCGUUUCAGACCCGCUGUCUUUCACUGCCCUCAAAACCAAACGCCUUCAGCCUGUUCAAACUCCAGCACUGCGCGAGAGACAAAGACGAGUUGCCCUUUAAGAGGAUCGUCUAAUUUGGAUGCUUUUGUUAGUAGUUGUGGAGGAUGUUGCAAACUUUUGCAUAACUGGAUAUCUGAUUUAUCAGAUUCCUCAUACCUUUUUUUUGUUAAUGUAUUUUUGUUAUAAUUUUGCCUUCUUUGACACACACAAAAAGUACUGUUGUAAAAAUUAAGUUCUAUACAGACAUGAGAUGUUGAGCAUUUCUUCCAUAUAAAAGGCUCCCCCCAGCCUUUUUCACCCUGUUGCUGCGUGAUCAUAGUCUGCAUAACCUCGGCAGAAGCACUUACAUGUUGUUAUACAAUGAAAUAUCAUCUCAUAAAAUGUUAUGAGCCUUUUGGCAUCUUUCUUUCCUCAGAUAAAAGACUGCCUAGUAAAGGCAUCAAUUCCCUUGGCUGAGGUUGCAAAGCAGCUCAGAGCUGGACUGAAAAUAUACUAUUAAGUGUCAAACAUGUUCUUGGAAUAACCUCGAGGUUCAUCUUCUGUGCCUGUCCAACAUAUUUCUUACCCUCCUUUCUCUCUGUCUCUCUGCUGCUCUGCCUUGUUAAUACUGAGGUAAGACAUGACAAGCUGCCAAGAAUAUCUGCUUAAAAUAAGGCUAGGUGAAAUGAGUAACAUCUGGAGGGGUCACAUCUGGAAAGCUAAAGGAAGGGGAUGCUGGAACCGGUGAAUUUUAGCCUGGAAACAACAACCGCCGCCUGGCCCCAGUGCUCCUUCAUGCAAAUGCUGUCAGGGGACUCUACUUGUCAGGGUUACAUUGACUUCUUCAUAAACUGCCUCUGAGAUUUCUUUCUAAACUGAUAUGAUUAUUGUAUAACAAGUCUCCGGGAGACCCAGCUGUUGGUUUCUGAAUAAAGCUCCGGCCUUGUCUGGUAUUUGUUUUCUAGCUUACAAGCUCCUUAUGUGAAAGGCAUGUUUGGAAAUAUGCCGGUGCGUUUUCGUGCCAAGAACUAGAGCUAUGAUCAAUACCACUCUCAUUUCUGUAGGUAAAUAUUAAACAGCUUUCCUAAGGUUAAGAAAAAAAUAGCACAGCUGGGGAUUACGGUGCUGCUCUCACAAUCUAUCAUCUGUUUGGUUUGCCUCAGUUUGAGAUUUUACGAAUUUCUGACAGCCACAAUAAUUUUCCAUCUAGUGAAGAACUAAAUGAAAAACUACAGCUCUGUGAUCUGCUGACAUCUUAAUAAA